AUGGCAGCGUGGCAGCGUGGCUUCGCCUCCGUUGCUCCUGGCCUGGCACAAGCCUGGAUGAUGGCUCCAGCUGUCAAUAUGGAAGUGGCACGUAUUCACGUACGGAUACUGUGUUAUGCCCGCGAGGACCCGCCUUUAGAGUCUGGGUGCGCAGAUUCGGGCCCAACAACGCUGCGUUCUUCCUCGGGAGAACUGGCUCUAGCCCAAGCCAUCUCAAAAGGGAGGGCGCCCGAUAUGGCGUUUCUAAGCCUUCCUUGUCGUCGAUCCCAGAGCCUAAAGUACUUCUCCGCCAUCUCGUUACCUCUCCAGGACAAGUACGUCUUUCAACACUUAUUGGACGGCAAGUUUGUGCAAGACCGGAUUCCAGCCACCAUCAAUAGCCGUGCCAAGCAUCAUCCUCCUCAGUUUGGCGGAGGUAGUUAUUUGUUACACACCACUCCUACUAGAAGAGCUGCCACGAAUGGAUUCGGGAAGAUGAUAGGAUCACGAAAAAUAAUCCGAUCUUGCUGCAGUGCUUUGGGGAUUGUAAGUUUGCAUGGCUGA